AUGGCCACUUUUCAUCCAUUUCCGCGGCUUCCUCUGGAGCUCCGAGAGCAAAUCUGGAAGGACACCGUCGAACCGCGCACCGUCGACGUCCGGCGUGUUGAAGAUUGGCAUGUCACCAGUGACGGAGUGUGGGGUCUAACACGAACCCUUUCGUCUACGCCAGUACCCGCCACACUACAGUCCUGCCGGGAAGCUCGAAACCUUGGGCUUUACGAACGAGUGUUCAUGCCCAAUAACCCGAGAGAAGCCGGACCUCACGACGCCGAGCAGCGCUAUGUCUGGCUGAAUCUCAACAUUGAUAUGGUGGAUAUCGGGACUACUUAUUUCAGCCUUUACAAGCAUAUCGCACCAGCAAUCAAGCGUCUCAAGUUUAGUCGAGAGAACGGUAAUGAUUUUUUCUACCAUACUGAAAACAAGGAGCUUGAGCAGUUUGUUAAUGUGGAAGAGAUUCACAUAGACUGCGCAGAUGGUUUCUGGAUGUGGUAUGGCGCUACAGAUGAACAUUGCUGGCCCUGCGCCAUUGAAAACCUGCUAUUCAUUGACGCAUUCGAUGGUCGAGUUGCGCGUGGCUUGGAAUUAGAAACCAUAGGUAGAGAAACACUGAUGGCCUGGCGGGUAGAAGCUACCGGCAAAGCAUUCAACACUGAUGACGAGUUUUCAGACUAA